CAAGGGCAGUGCUCUAGUUAAGGGGGAUAGGAUAGGGAAUGCCUGUUAGAUGCAUCUUGCCGAUAAUAGCACAUAUCAGCCAAUGCGCUGCGACUGACACUGACAGCACAGGCAGAGAGCGGGGAACUGAGCAGCUGAGCACAAAAUUAUACAAUAGAGAAGACAGGAGGGGAGAGAGAGAGAGAAUAACUGAAUCAGAGUAUCAUCAGCACGUUGGAGAGCGCAAAGCACAGAGGACUGAGAGAGCGCAGGAAAGGAGGAGAAGAAGAGGAGAGAGGAAUAAAGAUACAGGAUUGUGUUGAAUGGGGGGGGGCAAAAGUUUCCAGCUCCCCAGGCAAAAAUCAGUACUGAGGUCAGCAGCAGGGAGAAGGGAACGUGGUGGAAGAAGUGGAGCAGCUGAGAGCUGGAGAGAGAGACUCACAGGGGGUCUGCUCCCACAGGCACACACACGGCACAGCAGAGGAGAGCACAGGAGAUCCAGGGGACACUAUUGAAACUUACUGACUCAAGGACGUAGCCUGCUGUAACUCAUCAGGGUAAUAAUUCUCCUCACUGGACUAGGACUUCUCUGCAUGGCUAACUCAGAAGCAUGAGAGUAGACACUGGACACCGGGCAGAAGACACAUAGAGCUGGGAAUAGUGCCUGUGUCUUUCCUUCCUUUUACUAACCUGAGCCAGUUUAGUUGCGCCAUUGUUGGGGGGAUAGAAAGAUUCAGAGUUUCUGGGCUUGGAGAGAACCAGUACAGAGCAGAAAGGGAGAGCGUAGACUGCUGGAGGCUGAGAGUUGUGUCCUCUCAUCUCUGAGACAUGGUAGAGUGUGUUACGGUAGCGAGCCCCUCAGCAGCAGUGUUAGCCCAAGAGCAUGGAGAAGUCCAGCAGUGAGGAGUCAGCCAUUCACCGCAGCCCGUCCGUGGAUAGCCGCGAUUCCGACUUUGCACGCGCCUCCACGUCUGGCCGCCCGUUCGGCGGCCGCGGCUUCACCGCCGGCGCGUUCUACGGCUCCACGGGGCCGCGCGGUGCCACCGCACAGGGGCAGGCUGGGACAGCGGCCGACACCAGUGUCAACGUCGGAGGAGACAAGAGCAGCAAUAACAAGUACACGGCGCCCAAAGGCAGCAAAUACGUGGUCUUUUACCUGGAUCUAUCCUUUGUGUUCCUUUUAGAGUUCAAGAAGUACAACAUGGCACGGGGCUGUCUCUGCUGUUUGAAGUACAUGAUGUUCCUCUUCAACCUCAUCUUCUGGUUGUGUGGCUGUGGGCUGCUGGGCGUGGGCAUCUGGCUGUCUGUGUCCCAGGGCAGCUUUGCCACCUUCUCACCCUCCUUCCCGUCGCUCUCCGCUGCCAACCUGGUCAUCGCCAUUGGCGCCAUCGUCAUGGUGACCGGCUUCCUGGGCUGCCUGGGAGCCAUCAAGGAGAACAAGUGCCUGCUUCUGAGUUUCUUCAUUGUCUUGCUGAUAAUCCUGCUGGCAGAGCUGAUACUACUCAUCCUGUUCUUUGUGUAUUCAGAUAAGGUCAGUGAGAAUGCCAAGCAGGACCUGAAGGAUGGCUUGUCUCUGUACAACACAGACAACAACGUAGGCCUUAGGAACGCAUGGAACAUAAUCCAAGCAGAGUGGAAGUGCUGUGGGGUGGUAGGGUACACAGAUUGGCACGAGGCCCUCAAGGAGAAAAUGGUGCCUGACCGCUGCUGCCAGGAGCACUACCAAGAAUGUGGACGCAACUCCACCAACAUGUUUUGGACACGGGGCUGCUAUGAGAAGGUGGAGGAGUGGCUCGAUGACAAUAAGCAUCUCAUGGGAACCAUUGGCAUGUGCAUCUUGGUAGUGCAGCUCCUCGGCAUGGCGUUCUCCAUGACACUGUUCCAACAAAUCCAUAGAACGGGGAAGAAGUACGACGCUUAGCGGUUGACAGACGGCACACAGGGAAAGGAGCCCCAUACACUGCCUGAUGGGAAAGACUCUGGAUGACUCCCCUAUCCCCACCAUACCCCAUGCAUCACUAAGCCUCCCCCUCCCCAUUCUUCCCAGAAACCCUGUACAAUCUGCAGCUGUGUCACCCUCCUCCUCUGCUCUGUCCACUCCACCAUUCAUUUGCCAAAGAAAAAUGGGACUGGAAGAUAAAAGGACAAAUCUACUUUUGGCAAGGAACCCUUAGGUUAUCUCUCUCCUCUUUAGAAGUACAUUUCUAUCUUUGGAGCGCUUGUACUAACAGUUUUGUGGGAAGUACGGAUUUUCUGAAACGACAAACGCUUUAUUAAUGCUCACAUCCCCCCUGCAAGGCAAAGAAAGAGAAGACAAGAAAAGCUAUAUUGUAGUUCCCUCCUGGUUUUCGUGGAUUUUGUUGUGUUGAUUAUUUAUGUUAACUUACCCUUGUAAAUGAUGAAAGGCUCCAACAUAGCAUGCUAGUUUUCUACUCCCUGGAACCAUUUGUCAUUGAAAAUGUCAGACAACAAUGUUUUUUUUCUUCCAAUACAACAUUACUUUUUUUCUAAAUGUGUCCUCAUAUGGAAUGGAGUGUUUGAUAUGCUAAGUCUUAUCUAUUGUCAGAGGUGUAAAAUGGAUGAGACGUGAUUAGAGGCUGUGGAUGGUCAGAGGUCAGGGGUUAGGAUGGGUCAUAGGUCAAGGUUAUAAUGCCAGGAGUCCUGAGUGCGCGGUGCUCUGGAUUCAGAGAGGUUCUCAGAACGUCAGGAAUUUUCUGUGAUAAGAAGAAUUAUACUUCUUGAAAUCAAGAGUAAUUUCAACCAAAUCACCUAGAAAACCAUCUCAUCACGCAACACACAAAGAAACAUACCAGUGUUGUUGUCUUUUCAACUUCCACCCAUCCUACAUUUACAUUGGAAAGUUUAGUUUAGUUUAGUUCAUUUAGCAGACACUUAUCCAGAGUGACUUACAACUAGUGCAUUCAUCUUAAGAUAGUCUAUAACCACCAGUACUUCCAUUCUGACAUAAAAAGAAAUGGUACAAAAUGAAUGUGUUUAAUAUGGGCCCGUCAGGACUGGCAUGUAGAGAUAUCCGAUGCAGCUCUAUCACUCUCUCUUUCUCUGAGGGCUGAGACUAGUGAGUGCAGCGUUAGAUCAGACUGAUGGAGCUGCUACUAUGGUGGAGGCAGUGUGAGAUUUGAGAGGAGAGAGAGAACAGAACUGCUGGAUGGAUGGCUGCCUUCAAAUGUCUACAACAGCAUUGAUCGUCUGAACGGAGGAGUAGAAGGAAGAGUUUCUCCGCAGUGUUUCUCCUCUGGCACACCUGAACUAUUUUUGUAUUCCCUCUCUCUCUCUCUCGCUCUCGCUCUCGCUCUCGCUCUUUCGCUUUCUCUUUCCCUCUCUCUCAA